ACCGCAGGGCUUUGUCUUGCUGCACGCUUGAGCGAUGAUCCAAAAAAUACGGUUCUUGUUCUUGAAGCCGGCGAAGCCAACUUGAGUGACCCAAACAUUCUGCGCCCAGCCUCGUUUGGCAGUCAUUUUGGCAAUCCCUCUUACGACUGGUCUCAUCAGACAACCAAGCAGAAGUAUUGCGAUGGAAAAUCGUACAUUUGGAACCGCGGGAAGGGUCUCGGUGGUAGCUCAGGCAUCAACUUCAUGUGCUGGGUAAAGCCUCCGGCGUCCGAUAUCAAUGGCAACGCAGAUAUCGAACGACUAGGCAAUCCGGGCUGGAACUGGGACAAUUAUGACAAGUAUACUGCACGUACCGAAAGUUUUGUCGCACCGGAUCCCGAGAAGCAGAAGGCCCACAAUCUGGAACUCCGUGCAUGGAAGGGUGGAUCAGGUGACUCACUGAGUAACUCUGAUUUCCAGUACCAGCCAUCGGAAACCUCAUUGAGCGUCAUGCAGACUCUGAUCAACUGCGGUAUUCCCAUUGCUCCUGACCCUGUGAGCAAGAGGUUCCCCGCUGGUGUAUACUUUGCGCCGAACACGGUUGAUCCCAAGACGCAUACCCGCACUUAUUCAGUCACCGCUUUUUAUACGCCAAACGCACACCGCGAGAAUAUAACUGUACUCUGCGGAGCUCAGGUCCGAAAGGUCCUCACUGCAAGCAGUGCUGACGGCCUGCUCGUCGCAGAGUCAGUAGAGUUCGACUCUGGAGGCAAGGUCCAUGCCGUUAAUGCUGCUCGUGAGAUCAUACUAUCCGCUGGGGCCUUGAAAACCCCUCAAAUACUCGAAAUGUCUGGUAUUGGACUGAAGUCGGUGCUGAACGAUAUCAAUAUUCCCGUUAAGCUUGACCUGCCCGUGGGAGAAAAUGUUCAGGAGCACAUAUACGUCGGGAUUAGUUGGGAGCUUCGCGAGGACGUGUCCUUUGAUACGCUGGAUAUUUUACAAGACUCCGAAGUUGCUUCAAAGCAUCUGGAGCUGCACGUCGCGGGAGAAGGCAUAUUCACCACUGGCAUUGUUGGAUUUGCCUUCGCCGGUCUUGACAAGGUCUCUGGGCGCGCUCCCGAGAUUAUUGCGCAUGCUAGGAAAGUCAUGGAGGAUAGGAGUCAACUCUCGCCUGGACUUGUCGAUCAAUACGAGAUUCAGCUCGAGAGACUUGAAGGGGGAGCACCCGGAUGCGAGAUCAUCAGUAUCCCCGGAUUUAUGAGCGGCCCUAACAUGCCAGAGAAGGGAAAGAAAUACUUGACGGUUCUGGCUGCCAGUAACUAUUGCCUCUCGCGCGGAACAAUUCACUCUACGACUUCCGACCCCAGCGUUGAUCCUGCAUACGAUCCUCACUACAUGCAGCGAGAAUGGUCAGAUGCUCAUAUCCUUCUCGACACUGUCAAGUUCGUUCGCAAUAUGUCUAACGUUGCCCCGUUCAAGGACAUGAUCGUAAAGGAGGUAAACCCCGGCGCGGAUAUUAAAGAUGAUGCCGCAUUGGAUGGCUGGAUGAAGCAGACAAUGGGAACUACAUUCCAUACGUGUGGCUCGGCUUCCAUGCUUCCAAAAGACAAGGGAGGCGUUGUAGACCCGGAUCUCAAGGUGUACGGAACGACCAAUCUUCGCGUUGUCGAUCUAUCCAUUCUACCACUUCACUUUGCCGCACAUCCGCUGGCUUCGGUGUAUGCCAUCGCUGAGCAAGGUAAGAGCUUCGCUCAGCACGUUUCAGGUUCAGCGCUGAUAGUACUGUUUCAGCGGCGGACAAAAUCAAGGAAGCAGCUGAAUCCAGUGUUGCUUGAUUCGCGGCGGGAUCCGGAAGGUCGGUUCUCUUCGAAGUGCUUAGCAGGAAACAAGCGGCCGGGAAGGAAGUAA